AUGGCUAGAACUAAGUAGACUGCAAGAAAGAGUACUGCUGGCAAUAAAAAGCCCACAAAACAUUUGGCCACCAAAGCUGCAAGAAAAACAGCACCAGCCGUUGGAGCUACAGGAGGUUUGAAAAAGCCACACAAAUUCAGACCAGGAACCGUUGCCCUUAGAGAAAUCAGAAAAUACCAAAAAUCAACAGAACUCUUGAUCAGAAAACUCCCAUUUUAACGAUUGGUCAGAGAAAUUGCACAUGAAUUCCAAAAGGAACUCAGAUUCUAAAGUUCAGCUGUUUUAGCACUCUAAGAGGCAGCUGAAGCUUAUCUUGUUGGAUUAUUUGAAGACACCAACUUAUGUGCAAUUCAUGCAAGAAGAGUUACAAUAAUGUCAAGAGAUAUUUAAUUAGCUAGAAGAAUCAGAGGAGAAAGAUUUUGAUUAAAUCAUAAUAAAUUCAAUUAAUAUUGAUAUUCUCUUAA